AAUACUGUAUAAUUAAUUAUAUGAUUUUCAAAGUGAGCACAUUGAAAAAUUGAAUUCCAUUGUAAAUCACGAUAUGACCCGAUUGCAAGAAACACGAAGUUCACCUUGUAAAAGUAUCUUUAAAGAUAUUUCAAAAACACAAAGAAGCAAAGUUUUGUCAAAAAUUUAUUCAAAAAGUACUGGCAAUUUAAGAACACCACAAGACUCGCAUUCUCGAGAGGAUCAUCGAUUUCUCGAUAAUGAAUACUUGGAAGAUCUUAACGAAGCAUCUAAUCUGAUCAAUCAGGAUUCUGAAAUACCGAAAGAACGGUGGAUCGCGUUGGCUUUAUUUUGUAUACUAAGUUGCACUCAGUGUUGCAUAUGGAAUACUUGGGGUCCUAUAACAGUACCCACGAUGAUAGCGUUUACCACUUGGCAAAAAUAUCACGUAGCUCUUUUAUCCGAUUGGGGCUGUAUAACAUAUAUCAUUUUUUGCUUUCCUUGUUGUUGGUUUUUGUAUAGAAAAGGCUUAGUAGCACCUAUACGAGUGGCAGCGAUCCUUUCAGCGUUAGCAGCCUUUGUCAGAUGUUUUUCUUGUGACGAAACGAUCUUCACUAUAACGGCACAUAUCGCGGCCAUCUUAAAUGGUCUGUCCGGGGUAAUCAUCGGUCCAGCUACAGCCCUGGUGUCUGCUGUUUGGUUCCCACGUGGAGAACGCACCACCGCAACCGGUAUAUCUUCCGCUUGUAAUCAAUUUGGCAUGGCCGUAUCUUAUUUGAUAGGACCAGCUGUUGUAGAUACAAAGAUUCCGACUAACAAUACGGUAUUAAAUAAAAAGACAUCUAGAAUCCUGAGAAUGUAUUCUCGUAAGGAACGUUAUUAUUAUCGUUCACCGAGACGAGCUACGUUCGAUACAAGAUUAUCUUCGAAUAAUAAUCAUCUUCAAACGGUUCUUCGUAAUUUGUGGUUCAAUCCCUCAUCGUAG